AUGUCGACGGGUGAGGGAGACCAGGGUAUCACCAGUGCAAUGAACAGUCAAAACUUCAGGCAACCUGACCGGACCAAUAAACUAGAUUCACGAAUGGCCCAGUUGAGCAUUGCCUCGCAGCUCAAUGAUUCCCGGCGCGAGUCUUCUUUGGGUGUCACAAGGCCGAUUUCUGUGGCAUCUCUCAUGAUAAACACGACGGCCGCGCAACAAAAUGUGGCUUCGAUCGCCUGGGAGACCACUCAAGACCACACCGGUCACCUACCGCAACCUCCCGCGGCCAGGAGGGCAGCGUCCACAGGGGCAAUCUCUUCUCAAGGAGAAUCAAGCCAUAGCCGGGAUGCUUCAAGGCCGGCAUCAUCCUCCAGGCACGGGAGCUGGCUGCCUGGAAUGCCGUUACCGGGUCCGCCUCCAGGACCACCUCCAUCCUCGUCGAGGUCUCAGAGUGCAACUGGAGUUCGGAGUUUUGCUCGAGUGCACAAUACGGCAUUCGGCUCUCAGCCAAACAACUAUCGCGUGCCAUUGCGGCCACCGGUCCUGAGUCCGCUCCCUCCAACUCCAGCAAAUUGGAGUGAUGAUAUCUCAGAUCGACCAGCAGCAAAAGCACCAAUGCCGCUGCACAUUGAGACGACCAAUCUCGAUAGACCCGUUUCUUUCUCUGGAGCACUAAGCCGAAGUUCUGCCCUUCGGGUCUCUUCGGCCAAAGGUCUGCUUGAGCGGCGGAAAAAUCGACGAAGCGUGUAUGAAGGACAAGCAGCAGAAAGUAGUGCUUUGACCAUUGAGACCGAUCCGUGGGCCGAUGCUAUAAGUCCGUCUGUCUACAGCAAUGAUCCUUCGCCGACUCUUGAAUCCACCGGUGCUGGAGCACUCGACUCAGAGACUAGGAUGUAUGGCAUCCGAACACCUGGCAUAUCGACCCAGCAUGUCCAGCUCCACGAAGGUCGCAGUUCGCCAUACCUCUCCACAAAUGACCGCAGUUCAUCUUUCACCACCGCAGCAAACACCGGCAUUGGUGCACGAAGGGCUGCUUCCAAAGCACUCCCGACCCCUCCACUUAGUCAAAAGAACCCAACCUCCGCUCACAGCGUUCUUCCAUCGACCGCAUCUUCAGUUUCUGAACUGGGACAAGGCGAGAUAGACCCUUUCAUCGCGGAAGCGUCGCAUCGACAUCACGAGUUCUUGCUACAGGAAAGCCACGCCGCCUCCGAUUUGGAACGUUUGCAGCUUUUCGUGGAUUUCAUGGUUGAAGAAUCCCAGAUUCGAAGGCAACGCUAUCCUGCACCAUUCGUGGAGGGAAAUUUCGACAUGGAAGCAGCUAAACAGCUUCUAUUCGAUGGGGGUACCAGCGACAUCGCUAUGGAGACCAGCCUAACGAGCCAUAAGAAAAACGCCUCAGGACAGCAGGGUACCGAGAUUGAUGUAUCUCAGCGUCCGGAAGGUCUAUGGUGGAAUGAGUUCCGCCCAGCUCUCUCGCCAAUUGCUAGUAUGAGCAACGACGAGCUGAGCUCUCGUGGUCGGACGGCCAGCCAAUGGUGGCAGUCUCAAACUAGAUCCGAAAGUGAUGGUGUCGCAAAGAAGAUGAAAAGAACCAAAAGGGAGUCCAAGUACAUGGGUCUCUCUACGCUUUCGGUUGAAGAGAUUCUGUCGGAAGCGGCAACGCCCAGAGAUUCCCAUGAGACUUACCAGGCGGACGAUGCGUACCCUGAGGAAAAAGCCAACCCAGACACCCUGGGCAUCUACGGUGACGAGGUCACCCACGCCACAACCUACGAACCCCUCGCCGAUCCGCCGGCCCUGCCGCUGCUCGACAUUUCACGAUUCAUUACACUGCCUCCACCAUAUCCAAGGCACUAUCCCGCUAUAACUAACGGGCAUCCGAGACUGGCGACGUAUCGUAAUGCCGUCCGAGCAUUGAGUGACUUGAAUGAAUUAGAGAACCGAAGAUCCCGGUACCAAGUGGCUGUUGAGGCGCUACGCGCCGAACAUGUGCGCAAAUCCAGUGAGCGACAGCAGUCUUUCCAGGUCCAGGUCCAAGUGCAAAUUAAGGAAGGUAGCAUCACUUACGCUGAAGCGGCUGAAGCGGAGCAAGCUCUACGAACAGAAGACCACAAGGCUGAGAAGGCCUGCUUGCAAGCCGAGUUCGAUACGCUGCAAGAUGUGCUGAUCAACCCAAUGCAUGAUAUGUUGAACGAUCGUGUUGCCCAACUUAGUGCUGGGAUCAAGGACUUGACUGAGGAGCUCGGGGUAGAAAUGCAUGCUCAAAAUGUUGACCGCGCACAGCAAGAGGGAGACGCCAUGCCAGAGAUCCUGGAAUAUCUCACUCAACUAAAAUGGCUCUUUGAGACCCGGGAGCACAUGCACAGAGAGAUCUUUGACCUUCUGAGUGAACGUAACAACAAGUACAAGGCCAUUGUCCUGCUUCCUUACCGCCAAGUCCACAACCUGGAUAAAAUCCGAGACACGGAGGGUUUCUUCACACAAGAUGGGUUCGAGCGACGCAAGAGCUUCUUUGCAGAGGCGGUUGUGCGUUGCGAAGACUUUGUUCGGCUAGUUGCGGAAAAUGUUGCUCAAGAGGUAGAGCUGCAGUCGUCUGCCUUCUGGGAUAUCGCUCCCGGCCUUCAUGAUUUGGUGCAGAGGUUGCCAGAUGCACCGGAGCAGCUGGGAGCCAUCGCCAUACCAGAGUCCGAGUAUGCGGAAAACCCAAGCUAUCACACAUUCCCGCAACAAUACCUAUAUUCGCUUCUGGAACAUGCGGACAAAUCGACAUACCAGUUCAUCGAGUCACAAAUCAGCCUCCACUGUUUGCUGCACGAAGUCAAGGGAGCCCUCAUUGGAGCGCAAUAUCGAGCUAGUGAAGCUGCUGACGCGACUAAGGCGGCAGACAAGCUAGAGGACGCAAGUCCAGACAGCGACCUGAAAAGAUGGCGAGAUGAGCAAGAGGCUUCGGCCACGGCUGAGUUGAAGCAGCAAGUGACGGUGAUCGAAGAGCAGUGGUCCGAGGCAUUAGGCAGGGCAUUGCAGGCGAAGAAAGCACAGGUCAAGAUGUGCUUGGAGAGUGUUGGAGGAUGGGACGAAUCUCUGCAGGGAGAAGGCUGA